AUGCAACAUUAUGAUCCACGUCAACUGGCGGGGCCGAAGGAACAAGUCUUUCGCCCUCAAAACUCCAUCCUAAAAAAAUCAGGAACCUGGGCCCAGAAAAUGGACGGGACAGGUGCUGCGCAGGAAUAUGGGAGAAUCGGCGUUUCCACAACGAACGGCAGUGAGGUGGGCAAUAUUAACGGCGCUCCAGCAAUUCGUCAAUUUGUCCCAGGCCAGUUGGCACCGUCGUCGCCAUCGCCAGUUUAUGGAAACCAAGGAAAGGGAUUUCACGGCAUUACAAACUACAGCACGGGCCAAAGAGAAGAUCUUGCGCAUGCGAACGAGGGAACAAGUGUACCUCAGUUGGGUGGGGGAAAUAUGGAUGGCCCAAGCUUUACCUCGUGUGACCCAUCUCUGCCUCAGGGGCUGUCUCAGCAUCAAGAGUCUCUUCAAGGCCGUGGCUUACCUGGAAGUGUUUACGGCAUGGAGGGUGGGAACCCAGGCAGCUUCUUUGGUUCCUCUAGGAACAUUAUGGGUCCGGGGAUGGGUGGAGAAGUGUACGAUGCAGGGUUUGGAAAUAUGGUUCCUGGGAUGGGUGGAGAAGGGUACGAUGCAGGGUUUGGAAAUAUGUACGAGAAUCCAAUUAUCACUGCCCAAUGGGCCAGCUUGAACAGCGUGGACCCAGAUAGCAUGUACGGUGGAGGGUGCGUGCAACGCUCGAGCUUGGGUUUCAACAUCAAUCAGCUUUGUCCAAAUAUUUCUACCACGGAGGGACACGUCAAACUGAAUCGGAGUGGCAAGCGUGGUGGCAAGCGAACUGAAACUGAAGUCAUGAAUGAGAAGGGGGAGAUGGUAUCGACAGGCACGGCGGUUGCCCCUCUCUUAUUACGCAAAUCGAGCCUUUCAAAGAACGAGGAGUCAAGGGUGACAGCAAAAUGCCCGGCAAACUACAAUAUUCAUACACUCAUUCUCGUUGACAAGGAUAGUGACUUGUCGAAGAGGCUGUGCAUCUCCGUGAAAGACCCCAUUACUCUUCUUUUCAAGAGAGAGAAUGGAGAGGAUGAGAAGUUUGAAAAUGAUGAGUGCAUUUUGCGUGAUAACAUAUCAGACAACGUGAACUCUGUGCUUCUGGUUGACCUACAGGACCACUGGAUUGCCGGGCACACUUCGGCCCUUCUGGUGGGAGGCGCAAAAGACCGUGGCGAGGAAUCUGUGCAGUUUGCGAGGCGGUUUCUUACUCAAUGCCUAGAGAAGGUGGAAAAGAAUUCAAAGGAAAAGCUUAUUGAAUUUGAUAUUACUGUUACAUUUGGUUUGGUAGAGUCCACCGACCGCAUUCGGGAUCUUCUUAAUCCUGAAAAUGCGACGUACGAGAAAAUGCAACUUGGCUCAAGCCCUGUAUUCGGUCCCUGUCUCUGCGGUAUGAAAAGCAGGAAUGUUAAAUCCUUGAAGGAGUGUGUUGAUGUAUUUGACGAGGCUAUUGGACGCAGUGAUGAAAAGAAGCAGCUGGUGGUCGGUUUCUUUGUUCUUAAGCAGCUCAAAAAGAGCAGCGAGGAGAACGAUGUUUACCUUUCAUCGCUCUGCAUGGGACUUGCAAGGGAGGAGAUUUCGCAUUUCAAUGAGCUGAGGGAAAUGGGUACAUCCGACCUCUGCACGUUGUUCCGCUACGCCAUUGGUGGUGCUAGUGUCACCGUGACCACGCUGCUCUUGUCGGAGCGAGACCCCAAUUCCCGCGGCUGCCUGGAGUUGGGCCGUAAGAUGCGAGAGAUUAAAAAUAACCCGCCUCGUAUUGGCAACCUUAGGCGUUGCUUGGAAAAGACCAAGAAGGAGAUUGGCCGACAGAGGGAAAAUAUGGAUCAAAUGAGUGACGCAGAGAAGAAAUUAACGGAGCGCAUCGUAGCACGCAUGGAGACCAUAGUGAAGGAUUCGGAGGAGAUGCUGUCAAACCCGGAUAGCACCAAUUUAAAAUUUUACUCCAUGGGCGGAUAG